GGGCGAGCAGACGCGUCCUGCCUCGCCGAAGCGCUCCGCAGCCGGCGGGGCGCAGACGGGCUGGGACGGGUCAGCGCGGGCGCACGGGGUGAGCGGGCAGCGGUCCGGCGCGCUCAGGGCAUCCCCACGCCGAGGCGCGGGACGUGACUCAGGGAACACUCUUGAGCUUUGUCAUGGGAGCUGUAGUAGCUGAUGAUGGUCCAUCUGGUGUUAAAGCCCCCGAUGGAGGCUGGGGCUGGGCUGUCCUUUUUGGCUGUUUUAUCAUCACAGGAUUCUCCUAUGCCUUUCCUAAAGCAGUUAGUGUUUUCUUCAAGGAACUUAUCCGUGAAUUUGGUAUUGGAUAUAGUGACACUGCUUGGAUUUCCUCCAUUUUAUUGGCCAUGCUUUAUGGAACAGGUCCACUCUGUAGCGUAUGUGUCAAUCGCUUUGGCUGUCGCCCUGUCAUGCUGGUGGGUGGCCUUUUUGCAUCAAUGGGAAUGGUGAUAGCCUCCUUCUGCACAAGCAUCGUUCAGAUCUAUCUAACUGCAGGUGUGAUUACUGGUUUGGGUCUGGCACUUAACUUUCAGCCUUCACUCAUCAUGUUAAACCGUUACUUUGAUAAACGCCGGCCCUUAGCCAAUGGGCUGUCUGCUGCUGGGAGCCCAGUGUUUCUUUGUGCCCUUUCACCAUUGGGGCAGAUACUUCAACAUGAGUAUGGUUGGAGAGGAGGAUUCCUUAUACUGGGUGGGAUGCUGCUCAACUGUUGUGUAUGUGGAGCACUGAUGAGACCUUUGGAGCCACCCAAAAAGUCUGACGCUACCAAAGAACCUGCUGAGAAGAAAGCAAAGAAAAAACUUCUGGAUUUCAGUGUAUUUAAAGAUGGUGGCUUUGUAAUCUACACACUAGCAGCAUCUAUCAUGGUGCUUGGACUCUUUGUUCCCCCAGUUUUUGUUGUGAGUUAUGCCAAGGAUUUAGGGUAUCAGGACACCAAAGCAGCAUUUCUUCUGACUAUUCUGGGAUUCAUUGAUAUUUUUGCUCGGCCUAUUUGUGGAAUGGUAGCUGGUCUCAAGUGGGUUAGACCACGCUGUGUCUACCUCUUCAGUUUUGCUAUGAUUUUUAAUGGCUUUACAGAUCUCAUGGGUUCUAUGUCUGUUGAUUAUGGUGGCCUGGUGGUCUUUUGCAUUUUCUUUGGCAUUUCUUAUGGAAUGGUAGGUGCUCUUCAGUUUGAAGUUCUCAUGGCUAUUGUUGGUACCCAGAAGUUUUCCAGUGCCAUUGGUUUAGUGCUCCUGGCAGAAGCUAUGGCUGUUCUAAUUGGCCCACCAUCAGCAGGAAAACUCUUGGAUGUAACACGGAGGUACAUGUUUGUUUUUAUUAUUGCUGGAAUUGAAGUUACCACCUCAGCACUUGUAUUGGCCUUGGGAAAUUUCUUCUGCAUUAAGAAAAAAUCAGAAGAACCACAUACAAAAGAAGCAGCAGCAGAAAGAGAGGAACUAAACAAAUCUGAAGACAAAACUCCUGAAGAUGCCAAGGUGGACUCUAUUGAAGUGGAACAGUUUCUAAAAGAUGAGCCUGAAAAAAAUGGCGAAGUUGUAACUAACCCAGAAACCUGUGUGUGAGUGUGGCAGAAAAUUGACAAAGUCUUUAGAAGAGAGUCAAAGAUUUUCAAUGCUAUUUAUUUUAGAAAUAGAACUAGUUUAGGGCUGGGCCAUCUGCUUUAUUAACUGGAGGACAGUCAGCUGAUGAAGUCUCUCUGAGAGCUGUUUUAUUAGACAACCUGUUACCAGAAAAUUAGCUUUAUCGGUAAAAGGUGAAACGGUGUGGUUAUACUUUUUAUGUAAACUAAAAGGCUUUUAUAAACACAAGUAGAAUCUUGCUAUGCAUCACCAGAAACUGUUCACUUGUAAGAGAUGUAGGAAGGAUAUAUCUUAAAAAAAGUGGCACUGUAUGUAUGCUUUCAGACAAUAUGGAUGAAAUUGCUGUGUUGUGCAGCUAAAUGUAACUUCCCUUGCAGUGUUCUUUGUGAAGGAGAAAGAGUUUGAGAUGGAGAAAAAUCUCAGGAACUUAAAAGGUCUCCAUUACGUCUUUGAAUUUCUUACUUUUUUAGAUUCUCAGAUUAAUUGGCUCAACCCUAAUAUAAUUUUUUAUAUAUCUGUUACUUUGAUUUAUUCCAGCGUAUUUCUCUGAGGUUUGUCUAAAUACGUAAUCUUUGUAAUUAUCAUCUGGAAACUGUACGCAGAAAGGUACAUUGCUGAAUACUGUCUUCAGCAGAUUACACAAGUGAUAUUCCUAGGUAAUGCUGAAAGAAAAAACGAGCAGAUUCAAUCCCAACAGACAAUAAGCAAAGUUAACCUCCAUUCACGUACAGUUUUCAGUACAGUUUCCCUGUAACAUUUGAAAAUAUUACAAGUAAUAUCCAGAAGAUGGAAAUUAGGUUUUCUAGACUCUUCUGAAAGAGUAUCCAUUAUGUAUAUAAAAGAAACAUUUUACGUGUCCAGAUCACAUAUAACAAGAUAGAUAUACGUUUGUUAACUGAGGGAAAAGGUUGAGACUACUUUGAAACAUGUUAGCUAUCUUUGAAAUGCAAUGUUAGCAACAUAGGAAGGACUUAACAUUUUUUUUUUUUUUAAAUUUGGAUUAUUUUAUUUUUAUCCCACUUCCCUAUCCUUUUGCUUAAUCUGUAGAAGUUCAGGGUGCCAUUCUUGUUGUUUGAAGAAACAUCGUGCAACUGUUGAUCACAUUUAUGACAGCACUGCAUAGGAGCCCAUCAAGAAUGGGGUCUGCUCUACUACUUGUUCAUUGCACAAACAGCACAGGGAGGCUGUACAGUCCUUAAAAUUCUAACAGUGCAUGAAGAGGAAACACAAAGAGAUCAGACAAGGUAGUGACAGCAGAUUUGAAAGAGAAAAGAUUCAUUGUCAAGACUUUGGAUUGGGAAGAAAGGUAAAAGGAAGGCAUUCUGCAUUUUCCACUUUUUUUUCCCCUACCAAAUACAUAGAAGAAAUGUCAUCUACGAAAUCAUGCUACUUCAACCCAACUUUCAGAUAUGUUUAUAAAAAGCUCUGUAGGGUUUGUGACUGCAGUAACACUCUUCAAAACAGGCUUACUUGUAAUGGAUUCAGUUGUUCUUCUUGAUAGCAGGAACAUUGGCUUUGAUGUUCCACAUCUCUUAUUAAUUAAAAUAUGUAAGAUACUAAUCCCUAAACCUCUGUAUCCCUGCAUAACAAAGUAACAUCAUUAGUUGUCUCAUACUUUUAUCAUUUUAGCAGAAACACAGAGUAAAACUAAGGAAGGCCCCAAACCAUUAACCAUUCCCUAAUUUAUUUUGCAUACCAGCUUCCACUCUGGUAAUUUUUUCAAAAUGGUUUUGCAUUGUUAGGACAAAUUUGCACAGAAAUUGAAAUCUUAGGAUCAUGUUCUCCUCUCCCGCCCGCCCCCUUUGGACUGAUCUUAAAUGGAAAUGGAUGCUGUACUGAACUAAAAGGUUUAUAUUACAUAUAGGACAUUAAAACUUUUUUUUUAAUAUAUAUUUCCUAUUUAUCAGCAGAAAUUGCACUGGCAUGUCCAAGGCAUCAGAAUUUAGUCCUACAACUUAGUUCCAGUUUGCCAAAGAUUAAAUCAGCACUUGGAAUACUACUCUGCUAGCCCCAGAAGGUCACCAUGUCAAAGGGCAAGACGAAAAUGGAAACCACAGAGCCUGUUUCAGAUGAUACAGUAAGGCCCAAUGCAGCUUGCAGAUUUAAGUUUUGCAUUGCAUUUCAAAAUGUAAAAACUAGAAACCUUCCAAAUGUGAAUGCAGAUUCUGAAAUAGUCAUUUUUGUCCUAUUAUGGGUUUUGAUCACCAAAUUUCUUUGCUAUACUGUUAUCACGGAACUAAAUAGUUGUUUCUGUGACCUUAGGGUUUGAUAAUUUUAAAUACAUUCUGCAGGAAUUGGGACUUGAUGAUCCUUGUAGUCCCUUCCAAAUCAGGAUAUUCUGUUAUUCCAGAUACAGAUUUUAAGUUCUAUAAAAUUUUGGCUUAUACUGACUUCAUGGACUAUGUUUCAUUUUCCGUAGGUAACUUCACUGUUAAGAUGGAAACCAGAAAUGUUAAGUUACACUUUUACAUGACUGGGGCAGAUGAGGGAGCUAUUAAGACAAGGGAAAAACAUUUCAGCAAGAUCCCUUAAAAGCAUGUACCCCAACUGCUUCUACAGCCAUGGCCACAAAGGCCUCUAUAUUGAGCUCCUCCUCCCCCCCCGAUAUAAAAAAAAUAAAAAAAUAAAAGCACCAAUUCAUUAGACUCCUAGUGCUACCUAAGAACAGCUAGAAACUUACAUACAGAAGGAGAAGAUUGUAUCUGAAUCCCUUUCUCUUGGCAAGAUAAGCCGGCUUCUCAUUAAUUUUAUUCUGCUUAUAAAUGCACAAAAAAUUGCUUUUAAACCCUUCCAGGUAUUUUUGGUACAGUACUUCUUUAAUCUCAACUCCGUAGAGAUGCAAAUCCCAUAUGUGCAAUUUGUGAGACGUGCUCUUUCAUUUAUUUUGAGAAUGGGGGUGGUCGGAGUCAGAAAGCAUUGCUAAAGAGAACAAUUGCUUGGAGGCACAAACAGAAUAGUGCUGUGCAACAUAGAUGUAGAUGAACCUUUGUUCAUCCUUCACCUAUUAAAAAUGUUGAGACUUGAAAACCGAAAAGAAAGGUUGGAAGGCAGGUAAUUGUACAACUGAAUUACCUAACAUUUCAGCAACAUGCUAAGUUGCUCUUGCAUCUGCUACUGGUACAUAUAUAAUUUUUUUUUACAUAUAGUUUUGGAAUCUAUUUAAGAAGUCUGUAAGAGAAACAACUGAAAUCCAAGAUGAAAAAAUAUCUAACUAGUAUAAUACAAAACAGAUGAAGAACUAUUUUCACAGAUUAUUUAUCUGAAACUAACGAACAGCCUCUUAAUGCACAGGCUAGCAUAAUGCUAAAUGUUUUUUAGAUCUCUGUAUAUUCUAUAAAUUGUGAGCUAUAGGAAUUAUGGUUAAAAUAUUCUAUGCUUGAUCAUAUAAUGGAUCUUAGGCCCAUAAUUUCUUAAUACAAAAAGAGGGUGUGCGUAUACAUGCCUGUAACACAGAAUAUAUCAACAGGUGAGCACGUAUGUAUGUAUGUAUCAAACAUGCAGAAUACAAAGUAGAGUGGAAAAGAGAUCUGUUUACUGGACAAUGAGCAAUCCAUAGUUAAAACUAUUUUAUUCUUUCUCCUACACAAACAUAAGUUUACUUUUUAUUGUUAUUGUUACUUCUCAAUAAAAGAUCUUGAUCAGAACCCACAAGAUCCCUGCUGAACUAAAAA